GUGUGUGAGAAUGUGUGUGUGGCUUUAAGAGUUUACUACCAGCACCACACACAUGCUAAAAGUUUGCAGUGUGGAUCUCGGAAGUGACGGCGCCGCUCGUCUCCACGCGUGAGAAAGUCGGCUUACCUGAACACAGUAAAAACAACGUGCUUCCAUUGGACCUGUGAUUUCAUCUUAUCGGACUCGAAAGCCUUUCAAUGGAAGUAAACAAGGAGAAGUCGUCACAACAAGUGAAAUGCUGUGAUUGAGCGGCUUUUCGAAAGCCCACCGCGUACAUUAACGUUAUGUGAGGGAGAAGACUUUAGAUAUGAACGCAAAUAUUUGGAUUAGGUCUCGAAUCUUCCUCACCUUGGGUUCGCUUUUGCGUGUUCGGGGAUGUAUGCGAGCGCCACUCACUUUGUGCUGCUCUUGCCGCUGCUUAUCGUUUGCGCUCUGGGACUGGGCUCCGAGCUAAGGGUUCGGGUCCGGCUCGCUGACGGGCUGGUGACGGACGAGGUUCUGGAGGCGGACAGUGAGAGAGACUUCAUAUCGGUGGAGUUCAAACAAGGGGACGGAACUCUUAUCACUUUUAUGGUCGACUUCAGACAGGAAGUGAAGAUAUUCCGAUCACUAAUCCUGGGCGAGCUGGAAAGAGGACAGAACCAGUACCAAGCCCUGUGCUUCAUCUCCCGGCUCAGCCGCAAUGAGAUCAUCCCAAGCGAGUCCAUGGCCCGCCUCAGACAGAAAAAUCCUCAUGCCGUUCGCUUGGCGGAGGAGCGUCGCGGCCUGGAGCAGCUGACCAUGAGCGCCUCAGUCAACGUGAGCCGGGCCUGGCAGCUGAGUGGCCACAUCCACAACAUGUGCAGCGAGGCCCAUGAAGCCAUCUACACCACAGAGGCUGACGUCAAGCACUGGCUGGACAAAGGCGUCGAUGCCUCCAUGUUCGAGGUUCUGCCCCACAAUUCCGAGACGCCCCAAUUCCAUGCCUGUCACACCACUAGUGACUUGUGGCAGCCGUGCUUGUGCUCUUAUGGCCUACGCCUGGAGUGGUACCCUUGCCUCCUCAAGUACUGCCGCAGCCGUGACCCUACAGGCAGAGGCUCCACCUACAAGUGUGGCAUCAAGAGCUGUAGCAAGGGCUACCACUUCACUUACUAUGUCCCUCAAAAACAGUUGUGCCUAUGGGACGAGGAGACCUAGUUAGACGUUUCACUGGCCAGCGCUAUUAUGAGGCAACACUGAGCCGAGUUUUAGAUUAUGAGUAAACUGGAUCGGGUGGAACUGUGGUGAGUUCCACAUGUUGCUGCUGGAAAUGAGGCCUUUUUGGGUCGGAGGAAAAGAACUCAGCGAUAAUGUGAUUUUUGUCUUUGCUUCGGUGACAGAAUUGUCGCCAAGGAUGACAAAGCAGCCAAAAAAGGCUCACGACAAAGGAGAACUUGAGUGGGGAGGUGCCUUCAUCAAGCUGUGUGGAAAACACCUAGUGUGUUUCCAGCUUCUCUGCAGUCUUGUGCAGGGUUUCCCCCAAACUGUGCUUCGGGGCCCCCCCAAAGUGGUUCCAGACUGACAUUUUGAGGGUCUCAAUCACAUGCACACAAUUUUGUACAAACUAUUGUGUUAUGUUUUUCAUAUUAAGUUAAUAUCUGUUCGCAUCCAUUAAUUUAUCAUGCAAUACAUGUAUUUUCUCAUUUGGGAAACCCUGCACUACUCCAUACUGACUGAUAAAGAAAACGCUUACCAAUACUGGAUUAAUUUAUUUCAAUCUCAGACAUUUCCGGACAGUUUUUCCUCUCUCUCGCUCGCUCUUCAUAUAUAUUUACAUUUUUAUUACAAAUAGCCUCUUGGGAUGAUGUAAUUUUCAUCAUCCUACCAUCUUGAGCAGACUCUUAAUUUACCACGGGUCCUCAAACAACAAGAUAAAGCAUUCAUACUGUUUCCAGUCUUUUAAAAAGGCAGCUUUUGACCUCUUGACCUCUGUGUCUUUUUUCCCCGCUUACACGUUUUGCCUGAUUGUAAAUGCGUGUUAAAAUAAGCCAAAGUCAAAAGAAAGACUGCUCAAAAGAAGGGUGUUAUGUUUCUGAGGGUAAAAAGAGGUAUUCAGGAGGACCUUUUACAAUGAUUGCACUCAACGCGCACUAACUGCGUUGUGGCCUUACCUAUACCGCCACCAUAUGGUCAUUUUGAACACACGUUUACGUCCGCUUGUCAGGCUUUGGAAUUUUAUUUUUGCAAAUACAGUAAAAUACAUGCUUACAAAUAAUUAUUCUUGAAUAUGUGGGACCAAACGGAACAAUAACUUGACUUUUUAGUAGCCAUAAUGCAAUAGCAUUGAUUAACAAAAAAGCCAAACGUUUUGAAUUGGCAGACUUUUUUUUUUUUUUUGGGGGGGGGGGG